CACAAGUGAAAUUUAAAGUUGAGUUAUAGACAAUAAAAACAAAAGUAUAUGAAAAAAGAGAAAAAUGACUACGGAAUCAAAUAAAGUUCCCGUUUUGGGUCAAAGGCAUCUACAAAUCUUGUUAUUGUUUCUUUCGAUUACCGUUAAUUUUAUCGCCAAAUUUAAUGCGGGUGUCUCAGUAGUGGCCAUGACCAAUGCCGACACUACCAAUCCAGAUUUUCCGGAAUACGAUUGGAAUGAAAUGGAAAAAUCUUUCAUAUUGUCGAGUUUCUUCUGGGGCUAUUUUGUUACGCAAUUUCCGGGCGGUUAUCUUUGUCGUCGUUUCGGUGCUAAGCUAACUAUGUUCGUUUCGACAUUGGGUUCGGCUUUGUUUGCGCUACUCAUUCCUUUGACAGUUGACUGGGGUGGUUGGCAGAUUUAUUGUGGUAUACGUGUAUGUCAGGGCUUAUUUCAAGGUCUUUUGUUUCCGUGUAUACAUGCUCAUCUGGCGGCGUGGUGCCCUGUGCAGGAACGCAAUCGUUUGGGUGCUCUUGCUAAUACGGGCAUAGAAUGUGGCACUGUAUUGGCGAUGUUCUUGGGCGGCAUAAUAGCAGCUUCUAGCAUGGGCUGGCCUGGUAUAUCUUAUGUUUCAUGUGCCUUAGGGGUGGCCUGGUGUAUAGUAUGGCUGAUAUUCUCUGCCAAUACACCCUCAGAGUCGAAAUUUAUAUCGGCGCCAGAACUGGCUUAUAUAGAGAGCUCGAAGAAUGCUGAAAGGAAUAUGACGAAUGAUAGUGGCACGAAACCUGCACGUAUACCGGUGCCUUGGAAAGCUAUCAUGGCUUCAUGGCCUUUUUGGGCCCUGUUGGUGGCACGUUCUUCUCAAUCUUGGGGAUUUUCUACAUUACAAGCGGAAAUACCCUCUUAUAUGAAUGGGGUCUUAGGCAUGGACAUGAAAUCGAAUGCAUUCUUUUCGGCUUUACCUUACUUCGUCAUGUGGUGCAUGUCCUAUGUUUAUCUGAUAUUAGCCGAUGUCCUCCUACAACGGAAACUUCUUUCGCUAAACGCUUUAAGGAAAACUUUCAAUAGUUUGGCAUUUUGGGUGCCAGCUAUUGGUUUAAUAGCUGUCGGAUUUGUAAAUGAGAAUCAACGAACUUUAGCUAUAGCGUUAAUGACGGCUAAUGUAGGCAUUAAUGCUGGCUCGACUAUAGGUAGUGCCUUAAACACUAUCGACUUAUCGCCAAAUCAUGCCGGUAUACUUAUGGGUAUUGUAAAUACUUCCGCUAAUGUAAUACCAAUUUUAACACCAUUGUUGGUAGGUCUUAUAGUGAAAAACGAGGAUGAUCGUACCGAGUGGCAAAUUGUUUUUGUGAUAUCAGCUUUAGUUUUCGGUUUAGGUAAUUUAUUCUUUAUUGUUUUCGGAUCGACACAAUUGCAACCUUGGGAUGAUGAGAAUUAUCUGAAAUCAGCGUCAAAUAAGCCAAAUGAAACAAAUGAAGAAGACUGUCCCACAAGUAGUGUACAGUUGAGCAAAAGAUAUUGAAUUAGUUUAUAAGUUUUUUUAAGUUAAA